CCUAUUCAACACAAAUCAAGUAAUCUGAACUCCUCUUCUUCUUCUUCUUAUGAGACUCCUCAAUCUCAAUCUCAAUCUCAAUGUUGAUAAUAACAAUACCUUACAAUUAACAAAGCAAUACGUUCUUCUUCGCUUGACUUAGUUUGUUGUUCGGACAGACAAGAAUAAAAUGUCGUGUUUGUUGCCACACUUCAAGUGCCACCCUGACACUUUCAGACCUCAUCCUCAUCCUCUUUCAAAAUCAAGAGCAAAUUUGUAUUUCCAGCCACAAUGUAUUUUGUCUGCAACAUCUCCUUCACCUUCAUUAUCAACAGGAUCAGCCGCACUGCUUAGUUUGGAAAAAAAGUUGGCGUUAGAUGCUCCUUCUGAUCCAAACACACCCUGGCCCUAUAUUCCUGCUGUUGCUCCACCCAUACAGGCGAACUUUAAAGCAACCUUAUCUACGGAAUCACUUCUUACUAGUGAAGAGGCUGUAAUAGCUGCUGCUGCUUCUGAAGCUCUUGCUCUUGCUAAAGCAGCUGUGAAGGUUGCAAAGGAUGCAACUCUACUAGUAAAAAAGAAGCCCCCAGCAGAAGCAGGGUAUAGAAUGCACGUUUCUUCCAAACCUGAUGAUUCACUUCUCAAAUGGUUUCAACAUGUGGAAGCAGAAGAUGUAGCAGGAGGAUCCAUGGGCACUGGAUCAGAAAUAACAGAAGAUGUUGGCAUAAGCCCCGGCGAAGAGGAGUCUGAUCAUGUGGAGCCUACCAAUGAGGAACUUGAGCGUCUGCAGGAACAGCUUUCCAAUAGUAUAGCUGUAAGAUCUAGGCGUCAAACAGAAAGAAAAGAUAAAAGAGUCAGAGCAGCAGAGAAGGCUGCCACAAAUAUUGUGUCUUUUAAGUAUGGCUCCACCAGCAGGAAAAAGCGUGUUCCUAUGCAAGAAGUUGACUAUUCUGAUCCACUUCGUCAGUUAAGAACAACAACUAACACUACUAGGCUUCUUACUCCUACUGAAGAAAUUGAGUUGUCUGAAGGAAUACAGGACCUCCUAAAGCUUGAAAAACUCCAGGAUGAUCUUGUAGAAAGAUGCGGUGGUCAGCCCACAUUUGCUCAAUGGGCUGCAGUAGCAGGGGUAGAUCAGAAGACACUGAGGACACGUUUAAAUUAUGGCACGUCUUGCAAAGACAGAAUGAUUAAAAGCAAUAUACGACUUGUCAUAUCAAUUGCUAAGAAUUAUCAGGGAUCUGGGAUGAAUCUGCAAGAUCUUGUCCUGGAAGGAUGCCGAGGCCUUGUAAGAGGUGCAGAAAAGUUUGAUGCUUCCAAGGGUUUUAAGUUCUCCACCUAUGCUCAUUGGUGGAUUAAACAGGCAGUUCGGAAAUCACUUUCUGAUCAGUCAAGGACUGUUCGCUUGCCAUUCCACAUGGUGGAGGCAAUUUACAGAGUGAAGGAAGCUAGAAAAAAAUUGUAUAGUGACAAUGGAAGACACCCUGAUGAUGAAGAAAUUGCUGAGGCAACUGGACUGUCAAUGAAGAGGCUUAGUGCUGUACAUUUGGCCCCAAAAGCUCCCAGAUCUCUGGAACAGAAGUUUGGGUUCAACCAGAAUCUUAAACCUUCAGAAGUAAUUGCUGAUCCUGAUGCUGUAACAACUGAAGAACAGCUCAUUAAGCACUUCAUGAAGAAGGACCUGGAAAAGGUACUGGACAGUCUCAAUCCAAGAGAGAAACAGGUCAUAAGAUGGAGAUUUGGUAUGGAUGAUGGAAGGAUGAAGACCCUGCAAGAGAUAGGGGAAAUGAUGGGUGUGAGUAGGGAGAGAAUUAGGCAAAUUGAGUCAUGUGCUUUUAGGAAGCUUAAGAACAAGAAGAGAACCAAGCAUUUGCAGCAGUAUUUGGUUUCAUAACCCUACCAAAUAUUGAUAUUACCCCGCUGGAUGAGUUAGCUUAUUUGAUGCCUUUUGUUCUUCCUCCAUUUUUUUCUUCAUUCUCCAAAAUAGAAAAAAAAAACUUUAUUUUUAGUAUAGUAGGAAUUGUAUGCACACACAAAGGAAUAACUUUUGACUAGGAGUUCAUUUUUUUAAUGUACGUCAUUGAAAAAAUGUUUAAGGGAAGUACUAUACUAGUUCUUUUGAUGUAGAUAACCAGACUAAUAUGAUAAAUCACUUGAGUACAUUAACCAAA